AAUGACCUCUCUCUCUGGGCGGGGCCGCUGAAAAGACAGGCAGCUGUUUGGCCUGCGGCCGGAGCCGAGGAAACGACGGGGGCCGACCAGAAGUGUCUUGAGCAGCUGGUCGCGCUGCCCUGUGGCGCGUCGCGAAGGGAGGGGACCCUACCACAAUACUAAAGCAGAAACGUGCUGCAUUCCUGGUGGGACUGCAGAGAUUUGUCACUCUCAAAGACAUAAAGUGGUGAUGCCCGUUAUAUCUUAAGUAUGUAUGGCCCCUGCAGAAUCUGGGUGGAUUCAAGUAAAUGGUGGUGAGCCACCACAAACUUAGCCAAGUAGUACCCCCAAUCACAGCAGCUGUGUCAGAUUUUGCUUGUUUGCUGAUGGAAAUGAUCCAGAAGAGAAGGAGACAUUGAUGAUGCAAGAGAGAAGAGCUUGAAUGGCAAUGAGAACAAUGAGAGGGUCACCGUACUGGAGAUCUGUGGCUUUAGAACAUGGCCCCCAAUUCCUUGACACUCCUCCUACUGCCUACUGAGAGGCCCCCCCAGGACAUAAGCCUGGAAGAAUUUGACGAUGAGGACCUGUCUGAGAUCACCGAUGACUGUGGCCUGGGCCUCAGCUAUGACUCGGACCACUGCGAGAAGGACAGUCUCUCCCUGGGACGUUCGGAGCAGCCGCACCCCAUCUGCUCCUUCCAGGAUGACUUCCAGGAGUUUGAGAUGAUCGAUGACAAUGAAGAGGAGGAGGAGGAAGAAGAGGAGGAGGAGGAGGAAGAAGAGGAGGAAGGAGAAGGGGAGGGCAAGGAGGGAGGAGGCCCUGGCUUAGAGGCCCCUGCCCCAGAGGAGGCCCUGAUCCCCUCCCCCUCCAUGGAGGAGCCCCACAAGAAUCGGCCCACCACGCUCCACCUGACUACACUGGGAGCCCAGGACUCCCUGAACAACAAUGGAGGCUUUGCCCCAGCGCCUCCAGCUUCCUGGCAGGAAACAGUCCUGUGCUCACCUCCCCAGGAGCCCCCCAGAGAGUCACCCGCCCCCCUCCAGCCCACAGACGCGAGCCCCUGCAGGGCACAGUCGCCUGUGCGCCCAGGCUGCGACUGCGAAGGGAACCGGCCGGUGGGCCCCCCCGCGCCCUGUGGGGCCUCGCCCUCGUCAGAUCCUGGCAUCGAGGCCGACCUGGGCAGCCGCUCCAGCGGGGGCCGCGGAGGCCGGCGCAGCAGCCAGGAGCUGUCGUCGCCAGGCUCCGACUCGGAGGACGCUGGGGCCGCACGCCUGGGGCGCAUGAUUUCCUCCAUCUCCGAGACGGAGCUGGAGCUGAGCAGCGACGGCGGCAGUAGCAGCAGCGGCCGCUCCUCGCACCUCACCAACUCCAUCGAGGAGGCCUCGUCGCCUGCCUCCGAGCCCGAGCCCGAGCCCGAGGCCCCGUGCGAGCCCCCGCGCCGCCCCGCCUUCCUGCCGGUGGGCCACGACGACACCAACAGCGAGUACGAGUCAGGGUCCGAGUCCGAGCCAGACCUCAGCGAGGACGCCGACUCGCCCUGGCUGCUCAGCAACCUCGUGAGCCGCAUGAUCUCCGAGGGCUCCUCGCCCAUCCGCUGCCCUGGCCAGUGUCUGUCCCCCGCGUCGCGUCCCUCGGGGGAGCCCGUGUCGCCGGCUGGCGGGGCCAUACAGGCCCCUGAGGCGGCUGCGGGGCCGGGCGGCGUGGAGCUGGUGGACAUAGAGACGCUGUGCGGGCCGCCGCCGCCCGUGCCCUCGGCACCCCGGCCUGGCCCUGCGCAGCCUGGGCCCUGCCUCUUCCUCAGCAACCCCACACGCGACACGAUCACGCCGCUGUGGGCCGCUCCGGGCCUCGGCGCCCGUCCCGGCCGCACCUGCUCUGCCGCCUGCUCGGAGGAGGAGGACGACGAGGAGGAAGAGGAAGAGGAUGACACUGAAGACAAGGCGGGGCCCCCUGGGGGCCGGAGCGCGGGCCCCGCCGCGCCGCUGGACGCCUCGCUGGUGUACGAUGCGGUCAAGUACACGCUGGUGGUGGACGAGCACACGCAGCUAGAGCUGGUGAGCCUUCGGCGCUGCGCUGGCCUCGGGGAGGACAGCGAGGAGGACAGCGGCGGGGAGGCCAGCGAGGAGGACAGUGGCGGGGAGGCCAGCGAGGAAGAGACAGCAGCUGCACUUCUGAGUGGCGGUCAGGGCCCGGAGGACGCCUCCCCAGACAGCCCUGACCUCACCUUCUCCAAGAAGUUCCUCAAUGUCUUUGUCAACAGCACAUCUCGUUCUUCCAGCACCGAGUCCUUUGGCCUUUUUUCCUGCUUGGUCAACGGGGAGGAGCGAGAGCAAACCCAUCGGGCUGUCUUCAGGUUCAUCCCCCGCCAUCCGGAUGAACUGGAGCUGGAUGUGGAUGACCCGGUGCUGGUGGAGGCCGAGGAGGACGACUUCUGGUUCCGUGGCUUCAACAUGCGCACAGGGGAGCGUGGGGUCUUCCCUGCCUUCUACGCCCACGCGGUGCCCGGCCCUGCCAAGGACCUGCUGGGGAGCAAGCGGAGUCCCUGCUGGGUGGAGCGCUUCGACGUGCAGUUCCUGGGCUCUGUAGAGGUGCCCUGUCACCAGGGCAAUGGCAUCCUGUGUGCGGCCAUGCAGAAGAUUGCUACUGCCCGGAAGCUGACGGUCCACCUGCGUCCUCCUGCCUCCUGUGACCUUGAGAUUUCCCUUCGGGGGGUCAAGCUGAGUCUAAGCGGAGGACCUGAGUUCCAGCAUUGCAGCCACUUCUUCCAGAUGAAGAACAUCUCCUUCUGUGGCUGCCAUCCCCGCAACAGCUGCUAUUUCGGCUUCAUCACCAAACACCCUCUGCUGAGCCGUUUUGCCUGCCACGUCUUUGUGUCCCAGGAGUCCAUGAGGCCCGUGGCCCAGAGUGUGGGCCGCGCCUUCCUGGAGUACUACCAGGAGCACCUGGAGUACGCCUGCCCCACAGAGGACAUCUACCUGGAGUAGCCGCCACCGGUCUCCUGCUGCAGGUGCAGCUGGGGCUGGGUGUGUCUCAAGAAGCCACUGCGGCUUUGGCAAGAACUGGAUUGGGGGCACGUGGGAACUGACGUCCAGGGGUUUCCUCCGUGCUCCCCAGGGGCUUCGGGAGAGAGGAGUCCGCACCUCUCCACUUUCCCUCCGAUCCGUUCUUUCUCUCUGUGUCGCCCUCAUCUGCCCCUUGACCUCCUCCUAUCUCCUUGUUUCUGUCUCUGCCCCUCUCUGUGCCUGCAAACUCUCACCCUCUGCUCUUUACUUGGGGUCAGAACUGGGAGGGUUGUAGAGGAAGGAGAGGCUCUAGGUGGCCAGUGGCACCAAGCUCCCAGGUGAUCCCCUCCUGCCCCUCCCCUGUGAUUUAUAAAGGAAUUUUAAUUUUUAUAGUGAAUCUCAAGGGAUUAUCCCAUCCUUGACCACAGGGACAAAGAGAGGGACCCCCCAUACUGCCCUCCGUGGAGCUCAGGGGGAAGCAGGGAGGGGUUCCCCAGAAGGGGCUUGGGGGAGAUUAGGAGUAGCUCUGGAUGCUUACCCCAAGCCCCCAGACGCUAGGAGGAGGGCGCCCGCCCUGGCCCUGGUCGCACCAGCGUCCGCUUCGCCGCUGCACACACUCCCCGCAGUCUAGCGCCUCAAUAAACUCUCUGCUUGGUGUGA